AUGGUAAGCUAUCUUGGCCGUCUCGGUACAGCACAUGGUGAACCGCCAGCGCUGACAAGUACGCCACACCUGCUUAUGCUGCUGUCACGGCUGCCGCGUCAUCAACUGCUUCGCAUAACGUUCAUCCUCGCCGACCGCACCUCUGUUCCACCUCGCACCCUCUACGCUCCUCAAACCUGAACAGAACAAAUUCGUCGACCAAUUCUCCCGCCUGCCCACGGCGACCUCUCGAGCGGCGUCAGCGUUGGAGCAAGAGACUCUGCCCGUCAACGGCGGGUACGCGUUGCCGUUGGGUCGAGCGAUCGAGAAGAUGCCCAUGCCCUCGUUCGAGCUGCCGACUUUGCAAGAUGUGGGUUCUGGUCGCUUGACCAACUCAAAGUUGUGGAGAGAGCUGACGCCGCGUUGGUCCGUUCCCUACCCCGUCUUGCCUCGCGCGACUUUGUCAUCUUCCCUCUCUCUCCCUACGCGCAGCCAACCGCUUUCCUCCAAUUACACACCGAUGACUCGUCCGACCCUUCCUGCCGGAUCAAGAUCAACCACGGUACCACAACCUUGGCGUUCAGGUUCAAGGGUGGGAUCAUCGUUGCUGUUGAUUCGAGGGCAACGGCUGGGUCGUACAUCGGUCAGUUCUUGGCACAUCUCUCGGACGCGGGGUAUGCUUCAAUCUGAACAAGUUUCUCGUUUGCACUCAUCAUAGCUUCGGGAACGGUCAAGAAGGUGAUCGAGAUCAACCCUUACCUGUUGGGAACAAUGGCCGGUGGUGCAGGUCAGUUCAAUCGACAGCUGACCACACCACCCCUUGUCGAUUGCUGACCUCUCUUUCCCUCAUAUCCCCUCUCAACCCAGCCGACUGCCAAUACUGGGAGACAUAUCUCGGUAUUCAAUGCCGCCUACACGAACUCCGUAAUCGGGAACGUAUCUCGGUCGCCGCCGCGAGCAAAUACCUCAGCAACCUCGUCUACAGCUACAAAGGCAUGGGCCUCAGCAUGGUCAGUCGCCCAACUUCUAUGAAAUGCUCAUUCAAAAAAAGUUACUGGAUCGCUUAUGCGAAGGGUUGAACUCUGUGGGCGUACGUAGGGUACUAUGAUUUGUGGAUGGGACAAGACCGGCCCGGCGUUGUUCUACGUCGAUUCGGAUGGGACAAGGUUGAAAGGCGAGCUCUUCUCCGUCGGUUCCGGUUCUACGUUCGCUUGUCAGUACACCUCUUCCUGAAACAGUCCUUCCCCCAACACCCCAAUCGAAACUUAUCCUCUCUUUCCAACCCAGACGGUGUGCUCGACCAAGGGUAUCACUACGACCUUUCGGACGAAGACGCGCGCGAACUAGGCCUUCGUUCCAUCUACGCCGCCGGUCAUCGCGAUGCCUUUUCGGGGAACACGGUGAACCUAUUCCACGUCAAGGAGAAUGGGUGGGAAUUCGUCGAGAAUGUCGAUAUCAAUGAGUUGCAUUAUGAUAGGGGGUAUGGUUAUGGACCGAGGAUUGAGAAGGAACGAUUGGCCAAGGAGGAGAAGAAGCAGGCGGAGGUUGCCGCGGUCGGCGCGUAG